UAAAUAUUAUUGUUGCAAACUGCAAGAAUUAAAAGCCAAGAAUAUAAUAUCUGAUCAGAUGGCAUCCAUUAUCCACUCUCUUUUGCUUUGUUUUAUUGUUUUAUCAGCUUCCCUAAGCCAUACCCAUGCACAACUAACUCCAAACUUUUACAACAACGUCUGCCCAAGGGCCUUGUCCACCAUUAAAUCCGUCGUUUCGAAGGCCAUCAGGCGCGAGCCUCGAAUGGGUGCUUCGCUAUUACGUCUCCAUUUUCACGAUUGUUUUGUCAACGGUUGUGAUGGAUCGGUCUUGUUGGAUGAUACUGCCACCUUCACCGGAGAAAAGACUGCAUUUCCUAAUGCUAACUCGAUUAGAGGAUUUGAUGUUGUGGAUCAAAUUAAGACACAAGUGAAUAAAGUUUGUAAAGAAAAUGUCGUGUCUUGUGCUGACAUCUUAGCUGUUGCUGCUCGUGACUCCGUUGCUAUUCUAGGAGGGCCAAACUACAAGGUACUAGUAGGAAGAAGAGACGCGAGAACAGCGAGUGCAAACGAUGCCAACAGAAAUCUCCCUCCACCAUUUUUCAGCUUCAGUCAACUUCUUUCCAACUUCCAAUCUCAUGGCCUUGAACUCAAGGACCUCGUCCUAUUGUCAGCUGGCCACACUCUAGGGCUAGCUCGGUGCACUAGUUUUCGAAGUAGGAUAUACAAUGACACGAACAUUGAUUCAAAAUUUGCAACAACGUUGCAAAAGAACUGCCCACAGAGUGGUGGGGAUGACAACUUGAAAGGUCUUGACAAGAGUCCAAACUUCUUUGACAAUGCCUACUUCAAGGCUUUGUUGACAAACAAGGGACUUCUUCAUUCUGACCAAGAACUGUUUGGCGGUGGCAACAACGAUAGCGAUGAUUUGGUGAAGUAUUAUAGUAGAUAUCCAAAUGACUUUAAAAAGGACUUUGGUUCUUCUAUGAUUAAGAUGGGGAAUAUGAAUCCACUUACAGGAACUAAUGGAGAAAUCAGAACUAACUGUAGGUUUGUUAAUUAAUUGAUGAUGGUUUGUGUGUCUUUGGAUUUGGAUUUGGAUUUGAGUUCGGUUUGAAUUUGGAUUUGAUUUAUGUUGUGUGAGAUUUGAGUGUCAAAAUUGUAUAAAUUAAGUUUGUUAACGCUUAUUUUCUCCAUUAAAAUGUCAUUUCCAUUGCUCUA